CGCCAAGCUUCUAACACUCCGAUGUUGUUCAUCCGUUGGCAUUUGUUUCUCCUCAUCCGGUAGCUGGUGUCAAGUGACGGCGACCAUGACGACCAAAGGCAUCCUCCUAUUGUUGCUUGUGAGCCUUUUUCACACAACUAUCUUUGCCUUUCAGGCGUCUACUACUACAUCACGAGCAUCCAAGACAGCACUGCAGGUUCACGAAGACCAUGUCAUUUCCCGUAGAUCCGCCCUCAUUGCUCCCCUUGUUGCCAGCAUCGGGUUGACGACGACGUGUUCGCGCCCAUCCCAUGCUGCUGCCGCUACUGCAGUCCUGGGUGGAGCGACACAGGCAGCUCGAGUCGAAACUUGGCCAGGCAUUGACGGGUUGGAGCCCAUGUACGAGUUCAAGCUGUCGCUGGAUGCGGUCGUCGCUGGCGUACAAGACCCCAAGAAUUGGCCGUAUAUUCAAAAGCGCUUGGAAAAGUUCUUUGGUGGUUUUAUUGUCAAUGAGAAGAAUUUCUACUUUGGUGUGGGACUCCAAUACAUGAACGAUAUUCAAUACGACAAGGCAGAACUACCCAACUAUGUAGUUUUGGACAAACAAUCUCGAUACGACGCGCUGGAACAAACCAUGAAGAGCUUAGAGAAUCUCAAGUCAGUGCUCGCCAUUGGUGGCAGCGACGAGGCUACGGUAGUGGACCUUGCAAAGUCAUCGCAAUCUGCCUUGGCUUCUUGGUUUGCAUUGAUUCCGGAAAAGGACGUCAAGGCCGUGGAGGAGUUCUUUCUGAACGUCAAAAAGGCAGAUACCAACCGAGACGGGAGAUUAUCCGACGAUGAGCUGGUGUUCUUGUCUCCUGCGGAACAACAGAUUUGGAAACGUCGGGUAGACAAGUUUGGGUAG